GCUGGCGCCGCUGUCUGACGCGAGGUCCCUCAGGAGCCUGGGCUCUCGGCGCAUACGCAUUGCGGGCCACCACCCCGCCGCCGCCGCAUCGGGGCUGGGCUGGGGCCUUCCUCGGGCCCUGGCGUCAUGGGCGGCAGGAUCGAGUGCGUCUUCUUCAGCGAGUUCCAUCCCACGCUGGGGCCCAAGAUCACCUACCAGGUCCCGGAGGAUUUCAUCUCUCGGGAGCUCUUUGACACCAUCCAGGUGUAUGUCAUCACGAAGCCCGAACUGCAGAACAAGCUGAUCACCGUGACAGCCAUGGAGAAGAAGCUGAUCGGCUGCCCCGUGUGUAUUGAGCACAAGAAGUACAGCCGAAAUGCUCUGCUCUUCAACCUGGGCUUUGUGUGUGAUGCCAGAGCUAAGGCCUGUGCACUGGAGCCCAUAGUGAAGAAGCUGGCUGGCUAUCUCACCACCCUCGAGCUGGAAAGCGGCUUCAUCUCCAAUGAGGAGAGUAAACAGAAGCUGGUUCCCAUCAUGACCAUCCUGCUGGAGGAGCUGAACGCGAAAGGAAAGUGCACCCUGCCCAUAGAUGAGUCAAACACCAUCCACCUGAAGGUGAUUGAGCAGCGCCCAGACCCCCCCAUUGUGCAGGAGUACGAUGUCCCCGUCUUCACCCAAGACAAGGAUGACUUCUUCAACUCCCAGUGGGAUCUCACCACGCAGCAGAUCCUGCCCUACAUCGAUGGCUUUCGGCAUGUCCAGAAGAUUUCCGCAGAAGCUGACGUGGAGCUGAACUUGGUGCGCAUUGCUGUGCAAAACCUGCUGUACUACGGGGUCGUCACGCUUGUCUCCAUACUCCAGUACUCUAAUGUCUACUGCACCACACCAAAUGUCCAGGACCUGGUGGAUGACAAGUGUCUCCAGGAAGAGUGUCUAUCCUACAUCACCAAACAAGGGCACAAGCGAGCCAGCCUCAGGGACGUCUUCCAGCUGUACUGCGGCCUGAGCCCUGGCACGACAGUGCGAGACCUCAUCUCCCGCUACACCCUGCAGCUCCAGAGGGUGGACGAGAGGAGGCUCAUCCAGUUUGGCUUGAUGAAGGGCCUUAUCCGACGCCUCCAGAAAUACCCUGUCAAGGUUGCACGAGAUGAGCGGAAUCACCCAGCCCGGCUGUACACAGGCUGCCACAGCUAUGAUGAGAUCUGCUGCAAGACCGGCAUGAGUUACAAGGAGCUGGAUGAGCGCCUGGAGAACGACCCCAACAUCAUCGUGUGCUGGAAGUGACGGCGGGGAUGGCAGCCGGGCCCCGCACCGUGUGUCCCCCAGCGCCUUGCCAGGCCUUCCUCUCGGUGUCGCCGUGGGGGUCCCUGCUGCGCCCCGGCGGCCGCCGGCGCUCCUCCGCGCCGCCAGGGGGCGACAGAGGCGCCGCCGGCGCCGCUUCCCGCCCCCCCGUUGCC